UGUUUUCACUUUUCAUUUUCAUUUUUCAUUUUAAAUUAUAUCAGGAUUUUCAGUAUCCGAAGAAAAUUACUUAACGUUCCAUGAUCCCAUCAUUCACAGCUCCUGGCAUAUGAAUUAUGAACCUCAACGUGGUGCAGUGUUGCACUGUUGUGUUGUUGCGUGACUGAACAUAAACCCUAAACGAUGAUAAAUCAUCACUUUGAAGUUUGGAACAGUUGCAUAACUUAAAUUGUUGGAGUCUGGAUACUCCCUGGAGUUAUGAUCCAAUAUUCAUCCAAACUCUCUGAAUCUGUGCCGGCCCGUGGAUGGAUCCCGACUCGAGUGCAACCGCAAACUCUCCAGCGCGACGUAAUUCUUUUGCGGAUGCUUCCCAGUACGAUGUUGGCCGUUCUGCAUUUUUCGCCUCGGGAUUCGAUUCGGGGAAUUCAUCGCCACAGUCGGAUGCGCGAUCAACCAGCCGUGAGGUGCAAUAUGCAUUUCCAGAUACCUUGUCGUCGACAUCCGCCAGCGACACUUCUGAUUCGGUCCUCGCACAAGGAUCCUUCGGCCGUUUUCGGGUGUCAACGGGUGUGUCCCGCGCACUAGUGCCGCUGUCAUCACUGGAUUCUUGGGAUCGUGAACGGCAGCGUGCCUUUCCCAACUUAUUGAAGCAUUCCGGUUACAUUCCGUCGUAUAUUGACCGCUAUUUUGAUCUCGCCAAGUCACGGAGCAUUAUGCUGCGACAGGCUGCGGAAGCGGUGCGGACGGCGUACGAAACAGCAUAUGGCGACCAAAUUGAAAUGUAUUCGUCUUUGAUGAUUUGUGCGCUCAAACACGGUCUGAUACCGCAUCAACCGCAAGUCACUCCAUCUCGAGCGCUUCGCCUGCUCAGUGUAUCUCUCGAAGACGACAUCUGCCGGAUGACGCGCUUUGCGUCCAUGCUGCCUGGAUUUAAUGAUUUCUGCUAUGCCGACCAGAAAAUCUUGCUGACCGAAAAAUAUAUGGUGCUCAAAAUGAUACAUGUUGCCCGGUAUUAUUGUAAGGGAGAAUUCUAUUAUUACCUAUCGUGCCCGGAGAAGGUGCAUUUUCCGGUCUCCUUGGUGGAGAUCAUGGGAUUCGAUAUGAGCGUGCUGCGCUUCUGCACGACAUUCUACAUGGCAUGCAAUGAUAUUUGUUUGACAUUGAACGAGGCGUAUUUGUUGGCGGCUGUUGCGAUGUUCGCGCCGGAUGUAUCCAAUGUGAGCAACAAAGCGUUGAUGGUACAACAGCACGCAUUUUACCUCGAUGCCUUGUUUUAUUCACUGGGAUGUCGUCUGGAAAUUGCCGAUCGUACCGUUGCGUAUGAGAGGGUGGAAUGGGUGAUGAAAUUUUUCCCGCCCAUUGACAAAGUAUCCAUGGGCUACAUCGCCAGUCUGGAUUAUUCGUCCUAUCCGGUGCGGUCGCGUUCACUGCAGUGAAGUCCGAAACUUCCGCUAAUUGUUGUGUUCGGCAUAGAUAAACGCAGAUUGUGUUUCCCAAAGUUGAUCUCUGUCAUGUUCGGAUCUUUUGAUAAUUUUAAUGGUAUCUGCGAUAUCGGAUUUGUAUGAAUCUCUACAGUCAUUUCGAGAUGGGUCGUGUAAUCCAAAUUUAUUGUGAUUUGUUCUAAUUUUGUUACUGAUUAUUUUUGUGAAAGUUAACCAUGCAGUGUCGAUCGAUUAAUUCGAUUUGAAGCCCUCCAGUGAACAGUAUUAAAUCGGUAACUGGACUGUGCUGUGACCUAUACUCGUACAUAUGCAAUCGUUUAAGCGAUACAGAAUCGGCACUGUUGAACAUCCCCGGAGGCCGGAAGUUCCUGAGCCCUGGAAUUUUAUUAUCAUAACUCCAAGACAUGUUAUUGACGUAACAGGAUGUUUUCGAAUAAUUUCUUGGAUAGUGACGGUUUCUCUG